GGGAAAUCUCCAGUUGCCACCAGCCUCUUCAACAACAGUGGAACGACCACAAGCACUAUCCCAGCGCAAACGGAAGACUCAAUCGCCCCCCCCCCCUCACCAUAGUUCCCUCUCAGCCAUAGUAAUAACCACUCGUCUUAAAAUUGGAACAGCGUAUUGGAACCAUGAAAAUGCUAGAAGGUUUCGGUCUCAAUGGCUCCUGCUCGGCUGCCAAUUCUACAAUCGGACAAUGCUUGUCCAAAGCUGACAUUCGAGAGUUUCGCGAACACACAACUCUCGCAGGGAGUAUCAAGCAAGGUGUGAGCCACCUCUUCCUGGCGCAAGAGCGCAUGGCCAAGAUUUGGGUUGCCAUUGCGGUUGUCGUUGAGUGGGAAGAACUCCUGUUCUUCUUUGCGCUUGGUUUUCUCCUGCCUUUGGCUCUUCGUCUAAGAAGCAAAAGCGGCUGCAAAGAGUCUGAGGAGCAACCCAAAGAGGCACUCGUUGAAGCCGGUGGCGGUGGUACAGACAACAGCCUGAAAUACACAAUUGCUAACAAUGUAGCACAAAUGGCACAGCUGGCCUUCGUAGUGUACUUGGUGGAUAUCCUCAAGGUCGUCCUGCAAGGAAUUGGAGUUGAUUUUGCAUCCCAAAGCGAGCUACCGCAUGCUUUUGCCAACAUUGCGUAUAUGGCAUGGAUCUUGAACCGGAUCUCAGCCUUGAAACGAUACGUGCUGGCCAAACAGACCAAAUCCGACCCCGACGACCUCAAGGGCCAAGUCCAGCUUGUAGAUCGUCUGGUGGACGCAUUCUUGUACUGCAUUGGCUUGUACGUCGUUGUCGACACGGUCCAAGACGACAUGGGAGCUGCUGCCAAAGGAUUCGUGGCACUGGGCAGCGUUGGUACCAUGGUGAUUGGAUUGGCGUCCCAAGGCUUGGCGGCACAGCUCUUCAACGGUCUCUUUUUGGCUUCUUCGAAUCGUAUUGCGGUUGGAGACUUCGUCAAGUUCUCGAAUGGUGUCUGUGGCAAAGUGAUCAAGCUCGGUUGGAUGGAAACUGUCAUUCGUGGAGGUGAUGAGAUCAUGAUAACUGUCCCCAACAAAGAUCUUGCUGAUCAACGGGUUUCCAACAUGAGUCGCGUUCCGAUGUCAGCUGUAAAACAAACCUUGAGGUUCAAGUACUCUGAUAUCGAGAAGCUACCCGCAGUCCUGGAAACCAUCAAGGAAGAAAUCAAGAAAGCUUGCCCCGCAGUCGUUUUAGACGGCAGUCGUCCGUUCCGAGCACAUCUCACGACUUAUAAUGCGGACCACAUUGCUGCCAACAUCGAUUGUAGAUUCACACUAAAGCCACUGAGCAAUGAGUUCUUUGAGACUCGUCAGAAUGUACUUCUAGCCAUUGCGAAAGCAGUCAAGCAGUACGAUGUUGAAUUUGCCGUUUUGGAUGUGACAGCUGUUUCCGCCGCGCUUCAAUUGUUGGGCGGCAACAUGAAACAGACCCAAGCCUAAGGAGCCAAAGCAGAAUCAUAGAUACAGGCAGGAAAGGUGGGACGAGUUCGUCCCACCAAGCUCACUUUCUCUAAUGACGCUUUCAUUCAGCACCAAAAUACAGUAGAGUUUCACAAAUGCAUAAUCCACCCUUCUAGUUGCUAGUUCGUGGGUUCUUUGACUAAUGGUCUCUAGUUCGUCCACAAGACGCUGAAGGUUCACCCUGAAUUCAACUAUGCAGCGCCAGAGUAAACUGGUGAACCCUAGGCUUCGACGGGCAAGUUAUACCUGAUACCUUGGAUCAAAACAACGCUGGAUGGAUUACCUGCCGGUACCAGGUACCUAUCUACACAUGCGUCAAAUCAUCCAUCAUCCACCUGGAUUGAGGCGUCUACCACAGGCUCUGGUUACUUACAAAUGAGCUCGCUAUAAGAAACACCUUAUUUUGCUACUCA